UUUUCUCUCACUCUCAUCUGACUCUCUCUCUCACUCUCACCGUCUCUCCCUCUCAACGCUUGAGGCUCUCUCUCUCUCUCUCUCUCUCUGUCAACGUCUUUCUCUCUCCCUCUUAACUCUCAAACAGUGAAGCCGUAGUCGGUGACCACUGACCGGUGGUGACUGCCUUUGCCGUUUCCGUUUCCAUUUCCGGCGGUGAGUCGGUGAUCGUUCAACGACUGCUAUUUCCAUUCCGUUGCUGCUGCCGUUCAGCAACUCAAACGACUCAAACCCUAGAUCUACAACUGUCUCUCUUCGUUUCCGGUGACACACAACUCUCAAACGGUGGAUAACUCAUAUGUGUUGACGACGAGACGAAGCAAAAAAAGAAGAAGAAAGAAUUAAAGGGGAUACGAGGGAGGACAUGGUAAAACUUAACGCUGGCAAAGAAGUUGCAAUGAGCACGGAGGAGUCAGCCAAAAAACCUUCUCGUCCUCAACUAGUGAAGUUAGACAAGGCACUCAAAUUGGCUGAAAACUGGGUUAAUAGUAUGACUAAAUCUACGGAAGAAGAAUCGGGUGAAGUUGAAUUGGAGGGUCGACCUCUUAGGCUUGGAUUAGGUGCUACAGUUCCACGGCAGUCCAGGGUUGGAGUCGUUGGACCGUUAAAUGACCCUGUUGAUAGGAGAUUGCAUGCUAAAUUAGAAGCUGGAAAGAGGAAAGCUUCCCAGAGAAUGGAGGAGGAAUCCAGUCCAUCUGUAAGAGGUGGGCACAAUGUUAAAGACGAUGAAGACUACGACGAUGAUUUGGAUAGCCGAACAAAUUUAUUCGCCAAGAAGAGAGUGAUGCCCUUGACCUCAUCUUUACAAGAAAAGAAGAAGCAAAAGUGAUUUGUUCCGGCCAACACUUGGUUACAUGGCGCUCCGAGUAUUUGCGAUGGUAGGAUUUUAAGCUGUGGCUAGGUUUUGUUAUGAUAUCACAAUAAAUACUGUCAAUUUGUUUAAUUAUAGCAAAUGCAAUGUUGCUUCAAUGCUGGACUAACUUUUUUUUUACUAUGACAGUGAGACUGACAAUAGUAGAUUUAGCUAUAAGAGCUAAACCUAGUGCCAAAUUUGGCACCAAGUAUAGCCAUUGCUAAAAUAUUGCAGGCCAAAUAGCAUACCAUUGGAACACCAGUUUUUGAACUUGUUGCUAGUUUUUAACUAUAGCAACCUAAACAGCUUGCCAUUGGAGAA